AAUUUUACUCGAUUCGAUUGUGACGUACACGUCAUUUGAUAGGGAGCAAAAACCCUUGAUGGAGGAAGAAGGCGUAAUUCACACAAACCCUAAAAUCUGAAUACUAAUCGCUACUUAGGAGAUGUUUGGUGGGUUCUUCACCGUAGAUUUUUCUUAUUGGUUGCUGUGUGCUGUUUCUCGGUUAAGUUCGUCGCUCCGUCAGGCGCUCUUGCGAUCUGCUUAACUAGGCUUGGUUUUCUUAUUGGGUGCUGUGUGCUGUUGCUCGGUUAAGUUCGUGCUCCGUCCGGCGCUAUUGCGAUCUGCUUGACAAGGUUCGUUGUUCAGAGUACGUGCUUCAGAGCGCUCCAGCACUGGCCUCCCCCUCCAAUUGAAUGCUCACUCCACCACCAAGGAACAGGCUCUUAAUUUCACAGUUUUUUCUCGAAAUGGGUAUCUGGUUUUCGCUCAUAAAUUGGCGAGUAAUUUCAGCAAUUCGCAGCUCACAAUUGUAUGUCUGUUAAAUAUGUACUAAAAUUUGGGUAUCUUCUUUUAUUGCAGACAUUGUUUAGUUCUUUAGAUUUAUGGGGUUGAAUGCUCUUGUUUAUCUACACUGAAAAGCUCUCUGCUGCCAUGUGUUUGGUUCUCUAGAUAAAACUCCAGAGUUCUACUUUUGACCUUAGGCAUGGAAGAUUUGUCAGAAUCAGACAAAGCAACUAUAUUAAGCAACAUUAGUGAUGCAAGAUUACUCAGCGACAUAAUCAAGAAAGGGUUCGGUCCACUUGGGAGAAAGAUUCCCACAAAUUUGCUUAGAGAUAUCUUCGUUGCUGAUUCUACGUGUAAUAUUUUUUCUGGUGUGGAUGUCCAAAAUCCUUCUGCCCAAAUAUUGCUUCUCAAAGGCAAAGACCAACAGGAUUCUAGUGGUGACGGAGUUAUUUUGACAAUUGCGUUAGCUGGGGAGCUUCUUAAGAAGGCUGGCAAAUUAAUGAAGAAAAAUAAUGUACACCCCUAUCAUAUCAUCAAGGGAUACGAAAGGGCUUUGGCAAUGGCUGGUCAAAACGCAAAAGAAUGGGCUUUGAUGGGUGAUGACAUCUUUGAUGCCAAGAACAAGAGCCAUGUCACGUUGCGUAUUGAUUCUGUUAUUUCUUCUCAUCUUUUUCAACCGGUUGAAGGCCUGUCGUCAGUUAUAGCUCAGGCAUGCAUUGAAGCAUGGCCGAAAGUGUUAUACUUUCUGGUUGACGGCAGAUUGGACACUGGCAUUCCGGAUCAUGGUAUAUUAAUUCGGGGGAUGCUUUUGCAUGCUACGAUCGGUGGGACUAUCAACUCAGUCACCAAUGGAAAGGUUGCUGUAUUUUCCUGCGGGAUUGAUACGUUUGAGCAGGCUAAAGUGGAGGAGUUCAUUACAACUGUUGCAGGUUGUGGUGCAAAUGUUAUUGUUAGUGACACUGAUUUAGGAGGACAAGCAUUGCUUUGUUGCAAUAUCCACAAGCUUAUGUUUUUGAAAGUGCGCUCUAAAUCAAUUAUCAAACACCUUUGUCGUACAACUGGUGCUGUUGCUAUGUCGAAACCUCGCCUGCCAAACACUGAAGAAUUUGGAUAUGUUGAUUCCAUUUCAAUGGAAGAAGUUGGUGGAUCCAAUGUGGUUAUUGUUAAAAAUGAAACCACAUGCGACCCAACUUCUACCAUUGUUAUACCACUUGUUAGCGAAAGAAUCCAUGAUGACCUUAAAAGAGCGAUUAUGGCUGGCGUCAAUUCUUAUAAGGCUAUGUGCAUGAAUGGAGAGAUUGUACUUGGAGCAGGUGCAACUGAGUUUGUGUUGUCCAAAAGACUAUGUGAAGCUUCUUAUGAAGUGACAAGGGAUGAACAGAAGGCUUUUUGCAAGUUUGCUAAAAGCUUGGAAAUGGUACCUAAAUCUUUGGCUAAGAAUGGGGGGUAUGAGGGCUGUUUGAUUAUCAGUACUUUGAAUAAGAGAUAUGAAGCACAUUACGAGACCAAUCUGGGCGUUGACCUCAAGAAUGGCAUCUGCAAGGAUGUUUCUGAUAUUAAUAUUUGGGACCUUCUGAGUACAAAGUUAAAUGCUCUUAAAAAUGCUUGUGAGGCUGCCACUGCUGUGCUGGUAAUGUACCUGACAUGGCUGAGGCACGUUCUGAUCAAGUUCAACAUUCAAAGGCAUCUUUCCCUUGGGCUACUAUCACCUGUCAGUGCGAUUGACCAUAUUCUGUGGCAAUCCAUGCAUUUGGAAACAAACCUUCAUUACUCUAUAUUAAUUGAGCACUUCAAUUAUCUUAUUCUGGAUCCAGUGGUGAAAACUUGAUGAUGUUCUAUGCACAACCAUUGAAUGGUUGAUCUAUGUUCAUAGGGGCAACGUGGAAGGUUGAAGUUUUGUUCAUGAGACAUAAUUGGCAGCUAUAGCAAGUUAUGCUAUUCUGGUUUGAUAGGUGAACAUAGUCUGCAACUCUCCUGAACGGAAAAGAAAUAUGUAUUAUAUAGAAAAUACAACAUGCUAUGUGAUA